CCCCCGCUGUGCUAGCCCGGGCUGCGUUGGAGGGUGAGGCACAGCGGGGCUUCCCCGGCGAGGUUUCCCGGAGGCUCCAGAGGCUCCAGGCUCCAUCCCGGACCUGGGCAUGGGCUGUCCCGAGCACCGGGGGCCGUGCGGGGACUGUCGCGCCGUGACCGCGCUCUGGGCGGGCAGGACUUUCUGUCUGAGUGCCCAUGGCAGAGCCGGCACCCCUGCGCUUUCAGGAAGCAGCCGCCACAUUCUCCAUUUCAGCCGGCCCGGGGGAAUUUGCCUGGCGGGGCCUUUCCUCAGCCAAUUCCCCAGUUCCUCAGCCCGCGGGCCGCGACAGCGCCGCUGCCCCGAGCAGGGGAAGCCCCGCUCCCGCCGGCCCCGGGGCGCGGCUCCGGCUCCCCGCUCCUCCCGGCCGGAGCGAGGCAGCAUCGCCGACAUCCAGCCCCGGCUCCGGUACCCGCGGUGAGCGCCCGCCCGGGGCCGGCGGGCUCAGUGCUCGCUUCAGAUGGCUGAGAACAGCCCCAGGAGCCUGCAGGACCCCCCGGGCUCUGCCCCUGACGAGAACGAGUUCCCCUUCGGAUACCCCACCAGCAUCUGCGAGGACGUGCCCGGGCAGAAGUUCCUGUGCAGCAACUGCAACAACAUCCUGAAGAAAGCCCUGCAGACGCUGUGUGGGCACAGGUACUGCUCUGCCUGCCUCACCUGGAUCGUCAGAAACAAUAAAAAUGCAAUUUGCCAGAAAUGUAAAGAGGAAGAUCCCAACACUUUAGGUGAGGAAAGCCUAUUGGCAGAAGAAAGGGCUUUUGGUGAUGCUGCCAUUAACAAGGAGAUUUCUGAACUCAGAGUCCACUGUGUGACCCUUGGGUGCAGCUGGUCUGGUGUCAUGAAAGAUUUCGAAGAGCAUCAGAGUUUGUGUGAAUAUGCCUUGAUCCCUUGUCACACUGGCUGUGGGCACGUGGUGAUGAGGAGGAAGCUGGCAGAUCACUUGGAAAAUGGGUGUGCCAAUAAUGUGACCGUGUGUCAGCAGUGCCAGUGCAGCCUGGCCAGCUCUGAAUGCCAGGAGCAUUCAUGUGAAGGCAGUUUAUGCAAGGAGCAAAAACCUGUGCAAACAGAAGCAGCAUCAAAGGAAAAGAGCCACUCUACAUCCUCAUCCAGCAAGGAUGGCUGUUGUUUUUCUGAAGUUGGCUGUGCGUUUAGGGGAAGCAAAGAGAAGAUCCAGGAGCACGAAAACUCCGCCGUGGGGGCCCACAUGCUGCUCCUGCUGCAGCACAUGAGGCAGCUGCAGGGAACCCUGUGCUCCAAGGGCUUCUCCCCACGGCCAGAGCUGAACUUGAAGAGUGCAGGAAAAAGCAUCUGCCACCUGCAGAUCCCAGCAGGGCUGCAGUUCAGCGGGGAUCCAGAAAUGGACUGUUUCCCUGGAUCUUCCUCUGUCCCUGAGGAUGAGUCUGUCCUGCAGCAGCUCGUGAGGGAGAAGGUGAUUUCUGAGCUGGAAAAUAAGCUGCACGUGUUUGAGAACAUUGUGGCAGUGCUCAAUAAGGAGGUGGAGAGCUCUAAUUUGGAAAUCCUGGCCUUCAGGAGACAGAGUGAGCUGGACCAGAACAUAAUUCGGGGCCUUGAACUGAAGAUUGCAGAGCUGCACCGGUGCCUGACGCAGAAGGACGCGGGCCUGAGCAGCCUGCACAAGAGCCUGCUGUUCUCUGAGCAAGCCUCCUACGAUGGGAUCUUCCUCUGGAAAAUCACAGAGGUUGCCAGGAAGCUCCAGGACUCUGUGACUGGCAGGACAGUCAGUUUGUACUCCCCAGCUUUCUACACUGCAAAAUAUGGCUACAAGGUGUGUCUGAGGGUGUACCUGAACGGGGAUGGGACAGGGAAAGGAACCCACAUGUCCCUGUUCUUCGUUGUCAUGAAAGGAGAUUACGACGCUUUGCUCCCGUGGCCUUUCAGGCACAAGGUGACAUUUAUGUUGCUUGACCAAAAUAACAGGGAGCACAUAAUUGAUGCCUUUCGCCCAGACCUGACUUCUGCUUCCUUCCAGCGGCCAGUGAAUGACAUGAAUGUGGCCAGUGGCUGCCCCAUGUUCCUGCCCUUGGCCAAGCUGCAGUCCCCCAAACACGCCUACGUGAGAGAGGACACGCUUUUCCUGAAGUGCAUCAUAGAAACAAAUUAGCAAAUCCUCAGGUGGGGUUGGCUGGGGAGGUCACCUCAGAACGCCAGCAGAUCAUGAGGAAAAAAAAAAACUGAGUUUGAGAGCUUGUGUUAGUUUGUGUGUACACAAAACCCCCAGAGCCUGCACGCCCUGACCCCACUGCCAUCCCCUGGAGAUGCCCCAGAGCAGCAGCAGCUGCUGGCAGGGGAUAAUUUCACGAAGCAGCUCUCCUGGCUUAGGUGUCACCGGCCCUCGCUGCUGGAGAAGGGGCUGCUCCUCCUCUGGGCUGUGGCGCUGUGCUGCGGGCCGGGCCGGGCGCUCCCUGCCCGGGGAGGAGCAGGACCGCGCUGCUGCAGCUCUGUCCCGUCCUGGGCACUGCCCAGCGGGUGCAGCUCCCUUCCCCGAGCUCUUGUGGGGCCUGGCAGCCCCAGGGCGGGGGAUUUUGGCUGCCCCCCAGCAGCAGCAAGGGCGGAUUCCUUGCCCUGAAGCCCGGAUCAGGUGUCUCUGUGCUUCCCAGCACGCUGGAAGCCGGGAGCUGUGGCCCCGCUGGCGGCUGCAGCCCUCACCCCGGGGGGGUUUAUUCCUUGCUAUUUAUUCCAAACCUCUGUUUCUGUAAGGGGAUGUUGUGUGGCAUCAGCAGGCAGGGACCAGGUUACGCUGUGCUUGGGUGCAAAAAAAAAAAAAACCUCUGGGAUUUCCAAAGGAGCCCUUGGGCUUUCCCGUUGUGGAUACAGAGCUCUGGGAAAGCCAGAGCAGGGUAAGGCCCUCAGUGGUCUGGUUUAGUGGCCAGUCACUUCCUGGACCUUCAAGGCCGGUGACUUAUUAGAAAUUAUUGAAUUUUUUUUUUUUUUUUUGGUUAAUGUGCUCUGAUGUUUAAAUAUUUUUGCAUGCUAAAAUGCAAGUAAGUGCUAGAAAUUAUUUUAUUUUUGGGGGGUUUUCUAAGAGAGGGAAGGAAUGAAUAAUUUUUUUUUUUAUAAGCAAGACAAGCUUGAGACUGUCUGGAUGUGUGCAAAAUCUCUCACUUCUGUCUUGGCAACAGCCUUAAAAAUAAUUAGUUGUGAUAAAGCAUCACAUUUCAAAAACACCCACCCCAUAAACAAAUAUUUAUCAAAGUUUGUCUGGGAAGGAACUGGAUAUUCUGUGUAUUUUCCUCUAUUCCAUCUUUCAAAUGUUCUUUCAGGGACAGAGUACUGGAGUAAUUUAUCUAAAUAUAUUAUGCCUUUCCUGUCUGUAUCACUUUGACAUGUGCUGUAUUUAUUACAAUCAUAUUUUCUUAUGAUUUUAUUUAUUUCCUAAAUAAAGCUCACUAACUUAAGAAA